GUACAACUUUGAAAUACAAAAACUCCCGUUAUAUAAUUAUUAUUAUUCAGAAAAUGCGUUUUUUUAACCCUGUGAUCUCCUUCAGGUGGAACUGCAUAGAGAAUCGGUGGAUAUUUUCGUUUUGAAUGACCGAGCGAGCACAGGAAGUUCCCACUGUAAAUGUAUCAGGGUGGAAAAUUCAUAUAAUACUCAAAAGUCGUAAUGGAAUUUUACAAUUCUUGAUGUAACUUCUAAAGUGAACGAAUACUUGGCCAACUUCAAUCGUUCAAGAUGUCUGAAGAUAUUCGUGAUAUUUUGGACAUAGAACGAGGAUCCGCUCCUCAGGUAUCUAAAGAAGACAUACUUGGUACGCAGAAGAAGAAAAUCUCGCUACCAUCGGGUAAUCGUCAGACCCGUAGACCAGAAGGAAUGGCUCGUGAAGUGUUUGCCUUACUGUAUAAUGAUAAAAAGGAUGUGCCACCUGUUAUUGAAACUGAAACAGGUCCCACUUAUAAGCUCCAAAAAGCUAGAUUGGGUAUGCGACGUGUGCGCCCUUGGGUAUGGGCUCCUUUUAUCAACCCAGCUCGGGAAGAUGGUGUUCCUUUUUAUCAUUGGCGGAGAGUUGCAGAUGAAGGAAAAGAAUAUCCAUUUGCCAAGUUUAAUAAGAAAAUAGAAAUUCCCAAGUACACGGAUAUUGAAUAUAAAGAACAUUUGGUAUCUGAAACAUGGACGCAAGAAGAAACUGAUCGUCUUUUUGAUAUGUGUGAAUUGUUUGAUUUACGUUUUAUAAUCAUUCAGGGUAGAUGGAAUCUUGGAGAUUAUGAAAAUGCUGUUAAGCGAUCUACUGAGGAUCUUAAAGAUAGAUAUUAUUCAGUGUGCAAUACGUUGACAAAGAUUAGAGGAGGUAAUGUCAAUGAAUCAAAAAUGUUUGAUGCUGAACAUGAAACUCGUAGAAAACAACAACUUGAAAGACUUUACAGUAGAACUCCUAAACAAAUUGAGGAGGAACAAAUGUUAAUACAAGAAAUGAGAAAGAUUGAAGCACGGAAACGUGAUAGAGACCGUAAAACACAAGAUCUACAAAAAUUAAUUAGUGCUGUUGAUAAGCAAAAUGAUAGUCGUAAAAGUUUGAAAAUUGACAAAAAAACAACUCAUCACCGUAAACGUCCUACUGUUCCAGUCAGGCCAACCCGAGUUGAUCCAAAUAAUUUUGAAGCUACUACUAUCAAAUUUCCGGACAUUAAAAAUAGUGGCGUGUCUACUCGUUCUCAAAGGAUGAAAAUACCAGCUAAUGUCAGUCAAAAAAAAGUUAAAAAUGUUGAACAAGCACUAGAAUCGCUGAAAAUUAAAUUAAAUCCCAUACCAACUGAAGAAAUAUGUCAAAAUUACAAUGAUUUACGUAAUGAAAUUGUAUUGUUAAAUGAAUUAAAAGCGGCUUGUAGCUCCAGUGAUUUUGAACUACAAACAUUAAAACAUCAGUAUGAGACAUUAAAUCCUGAUGGGAUUUUAAAAAUUGAUCCCCAACUUCUGGAAGAAAUGGCUAGUUUAAGUGUUGACGAUGAAGAGAACGAAGAAGUAACAGACGAUAAAGUAAAAUUAGAAAUCAAUGAUCAAGAAAUAGAAGAUGCUACUGAUCCUAAUAUUCUGCCUAAAAAUGUCUUAGACAUAAUAUAAUUUAUAAUUAUGUGAUGUUAAUAAUUCAACAUUUAUUGAUUUAAUUAUACUUUGUAUUACAUUUUCCUUAAAGGUUAUUCCCUUAUAUUUAAUUUAUAUUUUUUAAACAAUAUAAUUUAUGACUUAUUGUAUAUAAUAUAACUAUUUUAAAACAUUUUAUUAAAUAUAUUUUAAGGUUUACUUAAUGAGUCUUUAUUGUUGACAUUAUAGGAUAUUGUAUUAUGAAUAAUGCUUUUUGUACUGUUAAAUUAUAAUGUCUUAAUAAAUUAUUGUAUUUUGCAUUUUUAAGGUGAAGGACUGUUUUAUUAUUUUUGUGCUAAUAAAUUCACCCAUAUUAUUUCUUUAUUAUAAUUUAAACUAAGCGAUUAUAAAAUUAAUUCAAUUUAACAUGUUCUGCAGAAUGCACUUAUUAUUUUUUUUUUUUUGAUACCAUUUUCCAAACGAAAAGUCAUUAUAUAGUCAUUACCUACUUAAUAAAACCAUGUAGACACUAAAAAUCAAUUGUUUGACGAUUCGUUGCAUGGAAAAAAAUUCUAAUUUCAAUAAACUCAUAAUCUGAGAAUAUUGUUUAAAAAUAAAAAUGUUAUCCAUGUUGUAAUAUUGUAAACUUAAGUUAAAAAUGUUUUUCUAAUGAUUUUUAUACAUUGAAAUACUCUGUAAAAUAUUCUGCUUCAUAAUAUGGAAAUAAAAAUGUAUAUUAUUGUUCAAAAAAGUAAAAAGAUAAAAAAUAAAAGUUUUUGAAUAAACGUUUUAA